UACCGGGGCCCGCCCGGGUCCGUGCCCCGCCCGCUCCCGGUGCAGGCCCCGCCCCCCCGCCGUGCCCCGGGGCCGGCACGGGGCGGGCGCUCACGUGAGCUCCGCUCCCGGCGUGCCCCGCGGCUGUCACGGCGCAGAACCCGGAAGUGGUGUCGGGGGCGGAGGGGCCGCUCCAAGAUGGCGUCGCCUCCUCAGGGGGGCCCGAUGGCCAUCGCCAUGCGGCUGCGGAACCAGCUCCAGGCUGUCUACGACAUGGACCCGCUGCGGAACGAGGAGGAGGUGAAGGUGAAGAUGAAGGAGCUGAACGAGCACAUCGUGUGCUGCCUCUGCGCCGGGUACUUCAUAGAUGCCACCACCAUCACCGAGUGCCUGCACACGUUCUGCAAGAGCUGCAUCGUCAAGUACCUGCAGACCAGCAAGUACUGCCCCAUGUGCAACACCAAGAUCCACGAGACGCAGCCGCUGCUCAACCUGAAGCUGGACCGGGUCAUGCAGGACAUCGUGUACAAGCUGGUGCCCGGCCUGCAGGAGAGUGAAGAGAAGAGGAUCCGAGAGUUCUACCAGUCCCGGGGGCUGGACCGGGUGUCCCAGCCCUGCACCGAGGACCCGGUGGGGGGCGACCCUAUGGGGCUGCCCUAUAGCACCUUCGACCACUCGCGGGCGCACUACUUCCGGUACGACGAGCACGUCUCGCUCUGCCUGGAGAAGCAGAGCUCCAGCAAGGACAAGAGCAAGGCUGUGCUGCAGCACAAGUACGUGAGGUGCUCGGUGCGGGCACAGAUCCGGCACCUGCGGAGGGUCCUGUGCCACCGGCUGGGGCUGCCCCUGCAGCACGUGCAGAUCCUGUUUGAGAACACGGCCCUGCCUGACCACAUGACCAUGAAGCAGCUCUGGCUCUCGCACUGGUUUGGCAAGCCUGCACCCCUCCUGCUUCACUACAGCAUCAAGGACAAGAGGAGGUAGGGGCUGGGGCCCGGCCUGUGCUGCUCACCCUGUGCCCCCCCCGCACCCCACAGCGCCCCCUAAGUUAACUGCCCUCACCCGAGUCUAUUUUUGGAAUAAAACUGUGGAAAA